AUGGAGGCAGUGGAAGUGUUUGUGGCACCACAAGAGGAUAGGUAUAACGACACGGCUGCGGCGCUGGGUUGCAUCGCGCGGUGCAAAUGUUGUGGUGUCACCUUCUUCUGGAGCCCGGAUGCCGCCAUGUGCUGCCUUCCAACCUUCACCACGCUAGCCAUUGUCUUUGGCGUGGUGUUUACACUGUGGAAUGAUUUGGGCGCUUUUGAGCUGUGCAUCUUGGUUGCAUUCCUCUCCACCGCCUUCAUUUCUGCAUUCCUGGUCACCUGCACGGACCCGGGCGUGUAUCCGCGGCUUCGUCGUGGUGAACCAGAUCCUCUGCAUGACGCUCAAGAUUUGGUGCUUUGUCGUGUGUGUGGGGUGCGGCGUCCCCCACGUACCUCGCACUGCUACCAGUGCAACGUCUGCGUGGAGGAGCACGAUCAUCACUGCGUCGUGAUCGGCGGAUGCGUCGGUCGGAGGAGUCUUCGCUGGUUUGUGUUGUACCUUGUGACGGUGAGUAGUGCGACGGCCAUGGGGAUUUUUUGGGUCUGCCGCUCCUUGUUUAUUGGCAGCUUUGCAGCGGCGCAACAGCGACGAGAAGCGAUAAAUAACACCUCGAAUCGCGCCGGGCAUUAUUCACUCGUACAUGACGCGGGAGACGAGAACCCCUUAGUUGUUGCCGUUUUGGUGCUUCUGUUCGUCACAUUACUUCUCGUCCUGCUCCUUGUUGGGGGGCUUGCCAUAUUCCAUGUUUUCAUGUUGCUAACGUCGACCACGCGGCGUGAAUCGCAGCGAAUGCAGUUCAACAUGGCCGCUUUAUUGCGACCCAAAUUGAUGUGGGAGAACCUGAUGCACGUGGCAUGUCCGCCGCCGUCCAAGCUGUUGGUCCCCACACAUCGUAAUGAUUUUAUUACUUGA